AUGGACCUGCCUCUUAGAGCCCCAACAAAGAUGACAGUGAAAGAUGUUCGUAGUGCUUUUCCUACAGUGGAUGUCCCAGACCAUGCCCACUAUACAAUUGGAACAGUCAUUCUUAUCGUGGGGAUCACAGGAACUCUGGGUAAUUUCCUGGUCAUCUAUGCUUUCUGCAGGAGUAGGACCCUUCAGAAACCAGCCAAUAUAUUCAUCAUCAAUCUAGCUGUUAGUGACUUCCUUAUGUCCAUCACACAGUCUCCAGUAUUUUUCACCAACAGUCUCCAUAAACGUUGGAUUUUUGGUGAGAAAGGCUGUGAGCUGUAUGCCUUCUGCGGAGCUCUUUUUGGCAUUACAUCUAUGAUCACUUUGAUGGUGAUUGCCUUGGACAGAUACUUUGUCAUCACAAAACCUCUGGCUUCUGUUCGAGUGAUGUCUAAGAAGAAGGCCCUUAUAAUCCUGGUAGGCGUCUGGCUGUACUCUUUGGCUUGGAGCCUCCCACCCUUCUUUGGAUGGAGUGCCUAUGUUCCUGAAGGCCUGCUGACUUCCUGUUCCUGGGAUUACAUGACUUUCACACCAUCAGUCCGUGCCUACACAAUGCUGCUUUUCUGCUUUGUCUUCUUCAUUCCUUUGAUUGCUAUCAUAUACAGCUAUUUCUUUAUAUUUGAGGCUAUCAAGAAGGCCAACAAGUCUAUACAGACAUUUGGAUGCAAACAUGGAAACAAAGAUCUCCAGAAACAGUAUCAUCGGAUGAAGAAUGAGUGGAAGUUGGCUAAAAUUGCACUGAUCGUCAUCUUGCUUUAUGUCAUUUCCUGGUCACCAUACUCUGUCGUUGCUCUGGUAGCUUUUGCUGGGUAUUCUCAUGUUCUAACACCCUUCAUGAAUUCAAUACCAGCUGUGAUUGCCAAAGCUUCUGCCAUCCAUAACCCCAUUAUUUAUGCCAUCACUCACCCUAAAUAUAGAACAGCCAUUGCAACAUAUGUUCCCUGCCUUGGAUCCCUGCUGAGAGUUUCUCCUAAAGAGUCCCGAUCCUUCAGCAGUUCUCGCUCCUCCAGACGAACCACAAUAACCAGCCAAUCUUCUGAGACUGGCUCAGGUGGGCUGCAGAAAGGAAAAAGGCGACUAUCUUCCAUCUCUGACAGUGAAUCGGGCUGUACCGAUACAGAAACUGAUAUCACCAGUAUGACCUCCAGACCUGCUAGCAGCCAGGUUUCCUAUGAAAUGGGCAAAGAUACCACCCAAACUAGUGGCCUAGGAGGCAAAGCUGAAGUGAAAAGCCACGAUUCUGAGAUUUUUGGAAAGACAAUUGUAAACACAGAUGAAAUACCCAUGGUGGAAAUGAAUGUCACAGAGCAUUCUGCUACUUCUACUUGCAAAGCAUCUGAAAAAUGCAGCGUGGAGGAAAUUCAGAGAGGUGAGAGCCUGAGUGGCAUUGGACUAAGAAAAGGAGAGCCUCACCAUAGAACAUCCACAUCUCGGAUACCCAGCAUUAUAAUAACAUGCAGCAAUGUACAAGGAGUAGAGCUGCCUUCUGGAUACAGCACUGGUUUCCUGUACCCAAAGAACAAAAGCCACAAGCAGAACAAGAGCUCCAGCAGCUGAGUGGCACAAGCCAGAAUAUCACCUUCACCAGUAUCUCUGGAGGAACCAUAAACCAGCUGAAUCCAGAAGGCUUUCCUACCUUGCUCUGAAACACUUCUACAGAAACACAACACAAGCAAGAA